AACUUCCACACUGCCUCAAACAGAAGCAGACUUUGCUGGACAGUGUGGCUUCAGUACAGCUCAGCUCCCAGAACUAGAUGCCACCUCAAAACAUGGAGAACCUGAUGAUGAUCAGUAUUCUCGCCACCUUCAUAGCUGCAGGGGCUUCCCUGGAGUGUGAGAUUUGUCAGGCUCAUGCAUCCCACAGUUGUGUGGGACGCAUGGAAACUUGUCCUCCCGCUUUUGACAGAUGUGGCACUCUUUUGACAGAGGCUGACUUAGGAGUUCCAAUGAAGGGAAUCAUGAAGAUGUGCAUGAAAUCUCAUCUCUGUGACAGCAAAACGGUUAUCAAUAUGGGCCAAGCAGGAAUAGCCUCGAACCAAGUUUCUUGCUGUAUGGAAAAUGAAUGCAAAAGGUUCACGCCCACUUUGACACCCAUGGAUAAAACCCCCAAUGGGCUGGUAUGCCCAGGCUGUUUGCAGUGGAACAGAUUUGAAUGCAGAGUGGAGGAACAGGUCCAUUGUACCGGAGAGCAAAAUAAAUGCUUUACUGUGUCUGGGACAAGCACCCAUGGAGAAACAAACUUUCCAUUGACCAUGAAGGGCUGUACAAACAGUGCUGAGUGUGACAGAUUGAUUGACCAUUCAGAUACUGUUACAGGGUUCAGUUUAAUUAUGUCACUCAAUUGCACUCCGGCCCCUGGCAAUCAUGUCUCCAAAACAGCCAGGAACAUUUCAGAUUCAUAUGGAGUUUUUUUCUCGAUACUUGCUGCACUACUCCUUGUCAAAAUCUUCAUUUGAAUCCAUCCACCCAAGGGCUGCAAUUCAGUUGGUGAGAUUCAAGUUAAGAUAUCAUGUUCAUCCUCAAGAAGACUGGUGAAAGAGAACAAGCUGUUCCAGCUUUUUGCACUUGGUGACUUCUUACCAUCUCUGUAUGAUUUACAUUUUGGCUUUUUCUUUAUGUACGUAUUCUAAUAGUUCCUGUUCAAAAUACUAUGGCUUAGCUAUUCACACUUGCGAAAUAUUUAUCUCCCUUUUUAUUCUUGUAUUUUGUAUACGCAAUUUAUAUAAAUAAAAAUGUAAUGUUUGUGGGAUUAACAUAACUCAAAAACCACUGGACGAAUUGACACCAAAUUUGGACACAAUACACCUAUCAGGCCAACAAGUGACCAUCACUCAUAAAACACUGAAAAAUAC